GUUAUAGUCCUGUCGUGCUAUCUUCAGUACCAUUUUAAUUUUUGUUUAUUUUUAAGUUCAGCGUCAACAAAGUUGCAUUUGAAACUCAUUUAAGCCACUAUAUAAACAGAAUCCUCCCCAUCUUUGGGAGUUAUCCCACAUUGAUGUGAUUGGGGUUUUGGGGAUUCCACCCUAUUUCUUUGUUAUUUGACAAGUUUGACCAUAUAAAUUUUGAUAUACUCAAAAUAACUCGAAAAUACCUGAGAUUUCCAAAAUAUUGGAAAUCCUUAACUUUUUUGAGUUUUUAAGUAAAAUUUUAAAGAGUUUGUUUUCUCUUGUUUUUUGGGUUUUGUGGUUGAGUUCUUGGGAUUUGAGGAGUAAAGGAAUCUCCAAUUCCAACACUCGACUAAGGCUGCACACGAGAAAGGUUUCAAUUUGUUCUUCCACAACAAUCUAAGGUAUUCUUCCAUCUGGAAGUAUUGGUAAAGCACCAUGAGUUCUGACCAGCCUAAUUCAACUGAAGACAUUUUCGACUCAUCACUGAAUUUAGAGGACACACACUACAACGAAGGCUACUCCGAAGGCUACUCCAACGGCCUAGCCUCUGGUAGAGAUGAAGGGCGCGAUGUGGGGCUCAAAACAGGGUUCGAAACAGGUGAGGAAUUAGGUUUUUACAGAGGUUGCAUUGAUGUCUGGAAUGCUGCAAUUUUAGUACAACCAAACUGUUUUUCGUCACGUGUACAGAAAAGCAUCAAACAGAUGGAUGAGUUGCUUCAAAAGUAUCCCAUUUCUGAACCGGAAAACGAGUCUGCAACUGAUAUUGUGGACUCAUUGAGGUUGAAAUUUAGAGCUAUAUGCGCGACGUUGAAUGUCAAGUUGGAGUAUAAUGGAUACCCCAAAGCUUCCGAUGUCGGGAAUUCAGGAUUCUGAUUGGUUCAAUAUCAAAUAAGAAACAUGAAGAUUUCUUUUCCUUUA